CCCGUACACUCUCACCACCGGCGCGCAACAGGUAGAAAGAAGCAAAGACAGGGAGACUUUGGUCCGCAAAUCAUCGCUGCCCGCUCUGUCUCAUCGAAAUGCAGCAUUCUGCCCGUAUUGGCCAGCCAAGUAGACUGUUUUGACGCUGUGUGUCCCAUCGUCCCAACCCCUGAUGGCAUGCAACGCAGCCGUUUGCCCUGCGAGUCACUUUUAAUUAAAAAAGAAAAGAAAAGCAAGACGCUAUUCCCCAGAGAGUCCGCUCCCGCUCCCCAAUUGCCCACCCAAUUCGGCCGUGUCUCUCGUAGCGCUUUUCCUUUUCCCGUGUGCUCUCCCCCGUCCACUUACAUCUCAGCUUCCGCCUCUUCUUUCAAUCUUCACCUUUUUCUUCUUCCUUUAUUCUACUUCGUAGUCGUUCUUUCGCCUCUACCUUCAUCCACUCUUUCAACCUGUUUUCUUUUUCUUAUCUUCUAAUUCUUCACAAACUACCAUUCAAAAUGAAGUUCUUCGUUGCUCUUGCUGCCGUCGCCGCUGGCGUUUCUGCUGCUUCUACCGCCGCCGCCGACUCUACCUCCGGCUCUGACUGCGCUGCCGACUACAUCGUCACCACCUGCCUCGGUACCGAGAACGCCAAGGUCAACGCUUGCGCCCCUUCUGACUGGGACUGCCUCUGUGCCGCUUACCAGGCCGUUGCUACCUGCUACAACAACUGCCCCAACGAUGCCCGCGCCGCUCCCGCUCAGCAGCAGGUCGGUGUUUUCUGCCAGAACGCUUCCCUCUACGGCACCAAGGCCCAGGCUUCCAAGACCGCCGCCGCCGGUCAGACCGCUGCUACCACUCCUGCCUCCAACAACGCUGCCUCUACUGGUGCCACCAAGCCCGAGGGUAGCGCUACCGAAUCUUCUGCUGCUGUCAAGCCCACUGGUAGCAGCGCUGCCGCCGCUGUUAACGCCAACGGUGCCGUUAUUGCCGGUAUUGCUGGUCUCGUUGCUGCCAUGCUCUAA